AUGUCUGCAUCGACCAGCUCGGGAGUGUUACCCUCCAUCAACCUCAAUGUCAAUUAUUCCGAAGAGUAUAAUGAGAUUGCUGAGUUUAUCCAGGAGUUCAAGUCCACCACAUCUGAAACAGAACUUGACGACAUCGACAUGGAAUCGUCCCGAGCCUCUGCUCGGUAUUUGGGUAAGAAAUACAUGACCCAACUUCAACACAUUGCAAACCGUAAACAGUCCACUCUUAUGGUUGAUUUGGAUGAUGUUCAUCAAUGGAUGCAAUUAACACAACACACAGGUAAAGAUAGUCUUUGGAGUCAUGUGCUCAGAAAUACUCAUCGCUAUCAUGAAUUGUUUUGUCGUGCAGUCGAUUUCCUUUUACCCAAUCCUACUAUCCCCAUGUCCGAUCAAGAAGACGUUCUUGAUGUGAUUUUAGCUCAAAGAAGAAACAGAAACAUCCAAUUACGUCAAGAGCAACGACAAGAAUCUAAUGUUAUUGCCGAAGGUAUUCCAGGAGCUGUAACAGAUGAUAAUGGUGAAGGAGAUGACAAUACUACGUUCCCUCCAACGUUAACUAGAAGAUAUCACCUUUAUUUCAAGCCUCCUACGGCCACAACUACCACCAAAUCUCUUAGUGUCAGAGAAGUUAAAGGUCAACAUAUUGGUCACUACAUUACUGUAUCUGGUAUAGUCACCAGAGUUUCUGAUGUAAAGCCAUCCGUGUUGGUUAAUGCUUACACUUGUGACCGUUGUGGUUAUGAAAUCUUCCAAGAAGUCAAUUCAAAAGUUUUCACUCCUUUAGUAGAGUGUACCUCCCCCACUUGUCAAGGUGAUAACAUGAGAGGUCAAUUGCACAUGAGUUCCAGAGCCAGUAAGUUUUCAUCUUUCCAAGAAGUGAAAAUUCAAGAAUUAUCAUCCCAAGUCCCCGUGGGUCAUAUCCCCAGAGCAAUGUCUGUACAUGUGAAUGGAGAUUUGGUAAGAUCUAUGAAUCCGGGUGACAUUGUUGAUAUUAGUGGUGUAUUUAUGCCCUUACCCUAUACUGGGAUCAGGGCACUUAGAGCAGGAUUGUUAACUGAAACAUAUCUUGAGGCUCAAUAUGUUCAUCAACACAAGAAACUGUAUAAAAUGGAAGAAAUCUCUGACGACACAAGAGAUAAAAUAAAUCGAUUACAAGAAUCUGGUGAACUUUAUGAUCUUUUAGCCAAAUCAAUUGCUCCUGAAAUCUAUGGACAUUUGGAUAUAAAAAAGAUUCUUUUGCUUUUAUUGGUUGGUGGUGUUACCAAGGAAGUGGGCGAUGGUAUGAAGAUUAGAGGAGAUAUCAAUGUUUGUCUUAUGGGUGAUCCCGGUGUAGCCAAAUCACAACUAUUAAAGGCAAUCAUAAAAAUUGCUCCCAGAUCUGUUUAUACCACUGGUAGAGGGUCAUCAGGAGUCGGGUUAACCGCUGCUGUUAUGAGAGACCCAAUUACUGAUGAAAUGGUUUUGGAAGGAGGUGCUUUGGUACUUGCAGAUAAUGGGAUUUGUUGUAUUGAUGAAUUUGAUAAGAUGGAUGAAAGUGAUAGAACUGCAAUUCAUGAAGUUAUGGAACAACAAACCAUUUCCAUUUCCAAAGCAGGUAUUACCACCAGUUUAAAUGCCAGAACUUCUAUUUUAGCAGCUGCUAAUCCACUUUAUGGACGGUAUAAUCCCAAAUUAUCACCCCACGAGAAUAUUAAUUUACCGGCUGCUUUAUUAUCCAGAUUUGAUAUUAUGUUUUUAUUAUUGGAUAUUCCUACCAUUGAAGGUGACCAGCAAUUGGCUGAGCACGUUGCGUUUGUUCACAUGACCGGACGUCAACCUGAUCAUAAUUUCAGUCCUCUUGAAGUUUCAACCAUCCGUCAAGUUGUUUCUAUGGCCAAAGAGUUCCGUCCAGUGGUCCCCAAGGAGAUUGGUGAAUAUGUUGUUUCUGAAUACAUUAAGAUGAGAAAGGAAUCAUAUAGGAAUGAGAAUUCCAUCAAGAAAUUCCGUCAUAUUACUCCCCGUACCCUUUUAGGUAUAUUGCGGAUGUCACAAGCAUUAGCGCGGUUACGGUUCUCCAAUGAUGUUAACCAACACGAUGUUGAUGAAGCAUUAAGAUUAAUCGAUGUUUCCAAAUCUUCAAUGAAUCAAGAUGAUGAUGGUCAUAGAGAAGAUAAUUCUCCUCAAACAUUAAUUCAAUUAUUGAUUAAAGAUAUGGCCAGAACCCGUAAUAGUUCUCGGUUAGACUUUAAUGAAGUCCGGAACAGAGUCAUAGCCAAGGGGUUUAAGCAAUCAGAUUUGGAUGAGACCAUGCGGCUCUGGAAGCUUUGGGAUGUGGCGGAUGUUGUUGACGAUGGUGAAACUUUAAUGUUCUUUGAUGUUGAUCAAGACAUGGACGACCAAUAG